AUAAGCGAUUUAUAUAAAACUAACUAAUUAAUGUAGCCUGUUUGAUCUGUGAUUCUCAUAUUCUUGUUUUUGAAGCUACAGAUCCGUAAUGAUGGCGGUACCAAGGUCUUACGCUUGCAGUAUUAGCAAUAGUUUAGAAAUCGCUAUACUUGGUUUCGAGUUUUUGCCAAAUAAAUAGCCGGGAUAGUCUGUCUUUUCUGGGUUACAUGAGGUGUACCACAUUGACAUGGAACUAGAAAAAGCAUGCAUAAAAAUGGAAGUGGAGACCGAAACCUGUGUGAAGACCGAACCUGAAGAAUUGUGUGUAAUGUAUCCCAGCAUAGUUACUGUGAAAGAGGAGCCUUCAUGCAAUGAUAGUACAAAUGUUGAUACAAGUCACACAAAUUCAUGGAACAGUUCAUAUGCAACGCAAGAGAAUCCUUGUUCAACAGAGCCUGGAGUGUUCAAGGAAGAGCCCUUUAACAUGGACCAUAUGAAUUCUGGUAUGAGAAAAGCAUGGGCCAAUCCUCAUACUGAAAUCAAGGGAGAGGCAGUGUGUGUAACCAAGCCUGUAAUUGUGAUGGCGGAGCCCUUUAGCGAGGACAAUACUCCAUCUACAAGCCAGGCAAUCACAGGGGCGAGCCCUUAUGCCUAUAACGUCAAAGGGGCAGUGUAUGCAACAGACCCGAAAGUUGUGAAGGUUGAGCCCUUGUGCGAGGAUAAUGACCCUUCUACAAGUCAAGGCUAUGCUCAUAAAGUCAAGGUAGAGGCAGAAUUUGUAAAAGAGCCUGGUCUUCAAGCGAAAAAGGAGAUAGAGGAUAAAAAUGAAGAUGUGUCUGCGAGUGAGGCAACUGCAUGGGAUGAGCUUUAUGACAAACAUGUGGUUAAGGAGGAGGUUGUGCUGAGCCCGGAAUCACUUCACCGGCCUUACGCUGCCUCUAAACUAUUGGUGCCGCAUAUCAAAGCAGACAGAAAAGCGCCAGAAGGGAACUUCUCAAACAAGCCAGAAUUAUUUGAAAUAAAGCACAGCUAUCAAAAUUACAUGUGCCCUCAAUGUGACUACGUAGCAGACGACGAGAAAAGUUUGAGGACACAUUCAAAUAGUUUACACACUACAACAAUACUUUACUACUGCAGUGUAUGUACUUACUCUACUCCUAAUAAAAUAUAUUUAAAACGUCAUCAAAAUGUACAUACCGGUAAAAAGCGUUUUAAGUGUAGUUAUUGCGAUUAUGCUUGUCAAACUAAAUCAGAUAUACAAAAGCACGAGAUCACUCACACUGGUGAGAAACCCUUUAGCUGCAGCAUUUGCGAUUAUCAGUGCAAUCGCAAAGGAAGCUUACUAAUCCACGAGAGGGCACACACAGGGGACAAACCUUAUCAGUGCAACCAAUGCGACUACAAAUGUGCUCGAAAAGAUAGCUUACAAAGACACCAGGUUCUACACGCCAGUGAAAAACCAUUUGAAUGUAACCUCUGCGAUUUCAAGUCUUACCAAAAAGCAAGCCUGCGUAUCCACCAAAUGAUACACACUGGAGAGAAGAGUUUUGCAUGUAGCUACUGCGAUUUUAAAUGCAGGCACAGAUACACUCUUCAAACCCAUCAGAUGAUACACACUAGGCAGAAACCAUUCGAGUGCAACAACUGCGACUACAAGUGCAGUCGAAAAUCAGAUUUGCGAAAACACCAGACAACACAUUCCGAUGAAAAGCCUUUCAAAUGUAGCGACUGUGAUUACGCAUGUCGUCAAAAAUCAGACUUACUCAAGCACCAGAAGAGACACGCUGGGACCAAAUUGUUUCAAUGUACCCACUGCGACUACAAAUGUGGUCGUAAUGUUGAUUUACGAAAACAUCAGACAACACACGGAGGCGCAGCUGUUAAAAUGUGACCAUUCCAAUUAUGAAACUGCAAUAAAACGGUUUACAAAGACACCUGUAUGGCUAAGAC